AACAAGCGGGGCGCCUGCGCCGGGGGUUUGCGCGUCUUUUCCUCUCAUGCGCGGUAUUUGCUUCCCGAGUCGGGCCCGGGGUUUGGCCUAGAGCCGGCGGCGCGCAGAGGGCGCAGCGCGAUCGGGCGCAGCGCUCCGGCCGCAGCGGCUCCCGCCGGGCGGGCGAUCGGUCGGUCGGUCCGCUGGCUCAGGAUGGCGGACGACUCCCCGAAGCGGCGCAAGGCCAACUUCAACGAGGCGGAGACGGAGGUGCUGAUCGAGCAGGUGCUGAAGCACGAGCAGGUGCUGUUCGCGGCGGGGCCCGGCCGGGCCUCCCCGGGGCAGAAGCGCAAAGUGUGGGAGCUGAUCCGGCACAAGGUGAACCCGGUGGCCGCCUGCCCGCGCGAGGUGGAGGACCUGAAGAAGCGCUGGCGGGACCUCAAGCGCCGCGACCGGAGCAAGCUCUGCCGCGUCACCCAGGGGCCCGUCCCGCACCCGGCCUCGCUCGGCCUCCUCAUGGCCGCCGAGGACAUCUCGCCCCCCGACCACCUCCGAUCCUACGCCCCGGGGAUGGCAGCCGCCGCCGCCGCCGCCGCCGCCAGCGAGGCGCUGCCCAUCGUCGGCGGCAUCGACACGCUCGACUUGCCCGGAGCUGCCGCCGCCGCCGCUUCGGUGGCGGAGAUCGGUGAGUAGGGAAAAGAGGGAGGCGGGCAGCAGGGAGCCCCUUUCUCUGGUGCGAUCCUGCCUUUCCCGCCGGCGCAGGUCGGGGCUCCUUCUCUCACAGCUGGUGCCUCGUGUAUGGGCUGCCCUCCUCACCCCACAAAACCUGGAAGCGGGGCGAGGGACCGCUCCCGUCCUCUCCCCGCUGCAGAGCUUUCCGUGCUGUGCCUUUUCUCUGUCCUCACAGCUUUUGGAACAGUUGCAGAUGCUCAGGAUCGCUCGCCAUAUCCCAUCCCCGCUUUCCCCAUUGACUGGGAUUGCGCCAUAAAAAGUAUCAGAAAGCUUGCCCCGAGGAUAGGUUUUUAGGGUCCAAGAGUCGGCAAGUGGGCCUUUCUGUUGUGAAGGAUGCUUUCACAACGGGACAAGCGAAUUAUAUGCUAAAGUUAGUGAGUCACUUGUGAACAUAAGUUAUCUAACUCAGUCUCCUCUACACUUACAGGCAGGGGUGCUCUGUCUCGGAAGUUUCACACUGGAGUCUUUUGUUGUACUACUCCAGAGAUUCUGGGGACUGAACCUUAUCUAUUUUUUGGCAUAUAUUAUAUAUUGCCCUUUUUACCUUUUGCAUGCAUACCAUGUGCUCUGCAGUCACCCUUCUUGUGUUUUAAUGUUAAUCUGGAGAAGGUGGAAGCAAGUCCAUUUUAAUUCAGUCUCCACUCUAGCUGAAAUAAACAUUGCAUUGUUUCAAAGGCCAGGAAACUAAAAAAGCAAUUUGCAUAUUACUUAUGAAAAAUAGACCUUUGGCCUAUUAAGGUGCUUGCCUAUUUGUUUUUUCAACUUUUCAUUCCAAGCACAGUCUUCUAAUACUCUUCACUUUUUUUUGCAAAUGUUAUUUGCUAUUAGGUACUCAGAACUUCAAUCUAUGGGCAUGUCUAUGUGCAAUAUGUCUAGUUUGCAGCUUCAGUUCAGAAUUUGAAAUGCCUGCAGCGGUAUACAAAACGAGGCAGCGUUUUUCGCCACCUUCCCCGUUAUAGAUUGUCAGUCAUUUAUACUUAAUCAAUGUGAUGACCAGCAAGGGGUUUUGGAUAGGUGCUGAGCAUCUUUUGUCCGCCCGCCCGCCCCCCAUUUGUAUCCCACCUUUCCUCCCAACUGGUCAGGAUAGCACACAUAGGGUGGUCAGAUUUGAAAUGAUCUCACUAAUUGUUGUCCUGUUCUUUGUUUCCUACAUGAUGCUAGCAAGGCAUUCCGUUCAAAAAGCUCCUUCAUCCCAUUGAGAGUUUUGCUUCUUUGACACAAUUGUGCAUAUAUUUCUUUUUAAAAGGUGGGGAACUGUCUAAUAAUAACUGGGUUAAUCUUAAUCACAGACCAAGGCAUGAUACAUAAUUUAGCUGAGGAAUGCGGAACCUUUUUGACCCUAUGGGCCAAUUUUGACAGAUGGGUUGGACAGUCUGUCAGUCACCUGACAUAAUGAUGGCAGAUAUUGACAGGUGGGUUGUCUCACCCACCUGCAAAAAUCCCUUGCACAAGGCUUCCAGAGUGCCCAGCAGCCUGGUUCUUGGGAACUGCACCACAAACGACUUAGCCAGCCCUAUGUUAGCACUUGAGAAGCAAGUACCAAACACAAGGCUGGCAAAGCUGCUUUCUGCAGGGAUUGGCUCAAGUGCCACAUGGGAAAACAUAGCUAGUGGUACCAUUGAAUAUCAAUGUCUCUUAAAAAAUUAUUAGAAGUGGUUUUUAAGUCCUUGAGCAGAACGGAUGUCUUGUGCAACUUUUCUUCCUCACAGCUGUUGAAAUUUGGGAGGGGGCUCCAGCACAGAUGGGGGGCAAGGGGCAAGGGCUAUCGCAAUGGCAGGUGUCACCUAAUUAGCAGACACGUUUCAUGUAUUUCUUAAUCACCAGUUGAAGCUAAAAACUCAAUAAAAACUCUGUAGUCUAGAGAUAAAUUUAGGCAACAUUUUAUGUGGUUAUGAUAGGCUGGGAGCCAUAAGCUGAAUUCCCAAAGAAAGUGAAGUCUAACCUCUUUUCUCCCCCUCCUCUAUUACCUUUUUAGGUUUUACAGAUGAUCCAGGCCCAUCCCACCAGCCAUGUGUGGAGAAGAUGAAUCUAAAAGAAGAAAUAGUAGUCAAAGUCGUGGAGCCAGAAGAAAGUUCAGAGGACAUGUCUGUAGUUCCUCCUAGCCAGGAGCCACUCCCUUUUUUGAGGUUGCCAAACGGAGGCCCCUGUGGAAAAGUAAAAGCCAAAACAAAAACUCAGCCCCAGAUAGACCCCAGUGAAAUUACAGAAGAGGAUCUCCUGCAGAUCCAGCAGAACCAGCUCCACAUCAUCCAGUCUGGCUUUGAUACAAUCAACCAUAAUCUCCGGCUGCUGCAGCAAGGCAUGCAAGAUCUCAACAACAGCCUCAGCAUGGCAGCACAUACUUUAGUGGCGAUUAAAAAUGUCUACGUGAAAAACAAUGCUGGCCCAACCACCUUUGCUACGGUGGCUACUCAGACCACCUCGGGGUACUUGAGCCCUGGGUCCCCACUGGUGGAGGACAGAGUCAGAGCACCAAUGGCUGGAAGCAGUAGCAGAAGCAGCAGCUGCAGCUCCAGCUCCAUGUCGCAAGAGCCAGGCCCUUCAGAAUUCCCCAGGCCCCCCCACAGAACCAUUAAGAAGGAGCAUCCCAAUGGCUGUUACUAUUUCUGUUUUGCAGAUGUGUAAGACUUGAAUACGACGUUACUUGAGAAGGGGCUGUUUUGUACCCCACUCAAGAGUGCGUCGUCAUCACAGAGCGGGCUUGCCUUGCCGCCGUCUACACUGCUAAAUCUGUAAGAGCUCCACUCUUGCCAGUUGGGGAAACCUUACAUUGUAGGAGGCAUAAUGCUAACUGUUUUUACAUUGAUUUAUUAUGGGCUUGUAUUUUAAUUGUUGUUGGCAACUCUGGGCAAUGUGAGUGCAUUGGAAGGGUGGGGUAUAAUUUUUUUAAAAUAACUACAGCUCUUAGAGCCCAGUCCUAUCUAGGCCUACUCAGGACUAGUGCCCAGUGCGUAGGAUUGCAACAUUAGUAGUUAUCCAGUAGGUUCUGCAGCCGGUUGAUACGUCUUACAUUGCAUCUCCCCUGCUUUCUUUGCCAGUGGAGGAAGAGGAAAUCUUGACUCAUCUAGAUCUUCCCGGUAUUAAUUUGACCUUUUAAAACAAAGAAGUAUGAAAAGGGAGCAGCAAAUUUAUCUAGUAUCUGGGACAGAAUUGAUCAUACGUUCUGUUUUUAUUUUUUAGCCAACCUAACUGCAGAUUAGUGAGAAUUUAGUACUUGAUUGUACUUUGUUAAAAAACAAAGAAAAGCUGCCUAAUACUACUACUACUGUAAGGAGCACAUGGAGUUUAUCUGUUGUGGGAUUGGGAAUGAAUGUGGGCGCUGAGCCACAAGCAAAGUGCUUUAAAUUUUCCUUGCUCGUCAUUCUUCGUUGCUCAUGUCCAGCUCCUCAAAAUGCAUCUUCCCUGCUGACAACAUGCAGUCGUGGGGAGGCUGCCUUAUGUUGCAUAAUUAAAGAAAAUUUUCCAAAAAAGAAAGAAAGAAUCCGAG